CAUAAUAGUUCGAUCCCUUUUCAGUUUUGCGUCCGCCUCUCCCAGGGGCCUUAGUGUAUUUAUUAUUGCCUCUCAACUCUGAACUGUUUCCAAAUAGGAAUAGACUUGCCCUGUUAUCUGUCCUUGAGUUGCUUAAAUAGAACACGACCUCCCCCCACCCUUCUUUCCAAUAGAGGCCUGAUAUCAGUAGGAGAGAUCGCCUAUAUAUUUCUAUCAAUCAACCACACGCCCCGGCCAUAGUGAGCCUUAUCGCCGAAGGGGGCCUACAUAUGUCAUCCGCCUAUUGCCACCCAUAGGACAAAGAGGCGGCCCUGACAAAUCACUUUCACGUGUGCUUUGCCAGCAUAGCCCAAUCCCUUUUCCACUGACUUCCAUAAACACAUCCCACCGGGUGUUCCGUCAUAUAUUACCCUUCUCAGGCACUAUAUUUCUAGCAGAACACAAGUGAUAUUCCCCCAGAGUCCAUCCCCUCCCACUCCUUUCUACCACCCUUUGUCCUGUUGUCUGUGUUCGCGUCCGGCGUUCAAUCCAUUGGGAUGACCUCAUUUACUGUCGCCUCUCCCCUGGGCCGAAGCGACAAGACCAACAUGAAUCGUUUACCAUCCGUUUCCAGCCUCAUGUCGCCCCCAGAGUCCAAACCCUUCGAUAGUUUUAACGCUCCAUUUUCACCCCAUCAAAUGUCACAGGAUUCCUCAUUCAGCCAUGAUAUGAGACUUCCGCCUAUCUCAGUCGAUCGGAAGCGAACACAAUCAGAGAUGGACUUGCCGUCGCCACCUGUCACCCCUUACUCAGGCAACAAAAAAAGGAAGUCCAAUACAUCAGAACAGAUCGAGAGAGAUACAGUGGUUGGCUCUUCAAGAGACCCCGUCCUCUUUCCUCGCCACGACUCUCUUACUGAGGUCGCCACUGAUGAGCCAUUAUUCGGGCCUAUACUCCCGCCCGCGACGGAAGCCUUGGUUGAGCAACACAUUAAUUCCCACAUGGCAAGGUUUGAAAAUAAAUUAAAUAAACCGACACGCGAUGAGUACCUUCUAGCCCUUUCGUGUGUGCCAAUCGUCUCAGCUCAAUAUAAUCGCAACCCAGGAGCAUGGGCUAAAGAGGAGCGUGAAACGCUCGAGCGCCAACUGGUUAUGAUGAAUCGUUGUCGUCCUCAUACGUUGGAAGUGAAGUUAAAGAAAAUCGCACCAGCGCCGACCAAGAGGACAGUUCCUGCUCAAACCCGUGCGCAGCGGACUCCCAGGGUCAAGCGUACACCAAGAUCCACACCAAAGCAGAAAGUUUUGGAUUCCUUUGACUUAACUCCCCAAUCGAGUAACAAGCAACCCCGAGCUAUAGGCACAAAUCGGGAUGACACAGAUUAUAAAUCCAUCAAGGAUUAUUCCCCACCAUUAGAGACCCUCGGCAGCAAUGCAAAAGCAUUAAAAGCAGAUUGGAAAGGACAAAUGCUAGAUCUUGGCAAUGAUCCGGAUCGACACUUACUGAAUGCCGCUGAGCUCAACCUUGCAGCCACAUUAAGACUAUCAUGUGCAACGUACUUAUGCAGCAAGCGUCGCAUCUUCGAGGCUCGUGUUAAAGCUCUGAAUGUCGGCAAGGAGUUCCGGAAGACAGACGCUCAACAAGCUUGCAAGAUCGAUGUUAACAAAGCAAGCAAGCUUUGGACAGCGUAUGAUCGGGUUGGCUGGUUCAGGCCAGAGCAUUUCGAACAGUUCUUUACAUGAUAUCGAAAGAUAUAUCAAAUCAAGACUGCCAUGAAAAAACUGCUGCACCCAUCAUUUGAACUUUCGUCAGUUAAUUAGCGAAUUCGAUCCCAGAUUCAUGC